GACAGCGGCAGCGGAGCCGGAGCGGAGCGGGCGGCGGGAUGGGGCAGCGGCGGGGCACGGCCGUGCUGCUCCUCGCCGUGGGGCACGUGGCCGGGCUGCUGGCAUCCGUCACCGCCUGUGCCAACGUCUACCAAGGCUUCUCGGACUGCGUCCUCAAGCUGGGGCAAAACAUGGCCACGUACGAGGAGGCGGAUGGCAUCGAGCUGCAGGGGCUGCACCGAGUCUGUGGGUACUGGGAUGAGUUUCACUUGUGUGCCCUGACAGCGCUCUGGCAGUGCCAGAAGGAAGCAGCAGCCGUCUGGGAGAUGCUGAGAAGGGAGUCUCGCAAAAUCAAAUUCCAAGGCAGCUUGUUUGACCUCUGCAGCCCCAGCAUGGCCCAGAGCUCUGCCUGGAGCCACGUGCCCAGCCUUUCCACCCUUGGCAUCCCCCUCCUUGUCACUUGGCUCAGUUUAUAAGCUGGGGCUCGGUGUGACAGCAGAGGUGGUGGCAGCAGCGUGGGUUGGGGCGUCUCGCUGAGUGUUUCCCAGGCCUCUGAGGAACAUGUGCUCAGGGAACACUUGGCUCCAUCCUGGGCCUGUGGGAUGUGGAGGAGCUUGGCAGCACCUCCUGGGAUUUGUUAUUUCUCUGUAAUUUGGGAUCAUACCCAUUCCCUUCUGCCUGAAGGCACAGAUGUGGCUGACUGCAGAAUCUGGGUGGAGGAAUUAGGGGGGAAAAUGAAGGCUCAGCCACGAAUGCUGCAUCCUUUUGCACUCUCCUAUGGCUACUGGAAGGAAACCAGUUCACUUUGACUCUUCCCACCAGAUCAACUGUCCAGGCUUUUGAUUCAGGCACUGAAAACAAGAUGGGCAUUUUAACCCUUGAUUUGUGAGGUGCAGGGGAUGGUGGAUGUCCUGUGAGGGCAGAAAGGAGACUGAACUGCCCUGCACUGCCCUUUUGGUUUUGCGGACAUGGUGAAACCUCUGCUGAAGAAUAAUCACACCUCUUGCACACACCUGGAUUCCUCAGUAGUUCUGUGUUGUGUGUUAAAUCCCUUUCCUAAGGAAACAGAGGGCAAAAAUGUUUGGGGGAAGAGGGAGUGUCGAGUGAGCAGGACAAAGAGAGUUUCUAGCAACACUUUUUGCUUUAAAGCUUUCUCCAGGUGUAGCUGCCAGCAGCUCUGUGGGCAGCAGUGUGUAACUCUAGAGUAUUAAAGUUUGUUGUAGAGCCUA